CCCCCCCCCCCCCCCUUGGGCAGCGAACCGGGGCACAGGCAGCCGGCGCUGGGCGGCAGCAGCUCCUCUCUCUCCCCUUCUCCCUGAGGCCGGUGCUGGGUCACUGUAACGCGGGUAGACCCACUACUCCAGGCCGGCGCUGGGCCACUGUAACGCGGGCAGACCCACUACUCCAGGCCGGUGCUGGGCCACUGUAACGCGGGUAGACCCACUACUCCAGGCCGGUGCUGGGUCAGGGUAACGCGGGCAGACCCACUACUCCAGGCCGGCGCUGGGCCACUGUAACGCGGGUAGACCCACUACUCCAGGCCGGCGCUGGGCCACUGUAACGCGGGUAGACCCACUACUCCAGGCCGGCGCUGGGCCACUGUAACGCGGGUAGACCCACUACUCCAGGCCGGUGCUGGGUCACUGUAACGCGGGCAGACCCACUACUCCAGGCCGGUGCUGGGCCACUGUAACGCGGGCAGACCCACUACUCCAGGCCGGCGCUGGGUCACUGUAACGCGGGUAGACCCACUACUCCAGGCCGGUGCUGGGUCAGGGUAACGCGGGUAGACCCACUCUCUCUCCCCGCUCCCCAGGCCGCGGGGCCUCGCCUCCCCGGCGCCGACAGCGGGACGUGCAACCGACGGACAGGAGGCGCGAAACCCUCGGGCCGGAGAGGACGCCGCCGCCAUGUCAAAAAAGAAGGGAUUGUCCUUUGACGAGAAGCGAAAUCGUAUGAUGGAAAUAUUUUUUGAAACCAAAGAUGUGUUCCAGCUUAAAGAUUUGGAAAAGAUUGCCCCAAAGGAGAAAGGAAUCACUCCGAUGUCAGUGAAGGAAGUCCUUCAGAGUUUGGUGGAUGAUGCCUUAGUGGAUUCCGAUCGAAUUGGAACUUCCAACUAUUUCUGGGCAUUUCCAAGUAAAGCUCUUCACAUCCGGAACCAGAAAUUGGAAACGUUGGGGAGUCAGCUCAGGGAAGCAACCGAAAGGAAACAAAGUGUAUGCCAAAAUAUUGAGAAAGUAAAUGUGGGACGUCAGAAUACGGAAAACCGUGCAAAGUUGACAAAAGAAUUGGAAGAACUUCGAAAAGAAAAGAUUCAAUUGAAAGCAGAGGUGGAAAAAUACCAAGAAUGUGAUCCAGAAGUUGUAGAAGAAAUCAGGAAGUUAAAUAAAAUUGCAAGAGAUGCUGCCAAUAGAUGGACAGAUAACGUCUUUACUGUGAAAUCCUGGGCUAAGAAAAAGUUUGGAUUUGAAAAUAAACAAAUUGAUAAGACUUUUGGAAUUCCAGAAGAUUUUGACUAUAUUGAUUGACGAUUUCAAGCUGCACAAAUCGAUUUGUUCCUGAUUUGAGGCUCCGUAAAGUAUUAUGUUGAUAAUAAAACUAUUUAUUUUACCAUAAGAAAUGCUUAACUUCCAAGCACUCCAUUUUGUUCUUUGGAGGCCACAGGACCAACAUCCUGAAGAGAGACUUUCCUACUAUUCGCACAUUUUUGUUUUAGUUUUGUUCACUGCUUGAUUAUGUCUCACAAUAAAAAGACACGCUUGGCCGUUGAU